AUGUCUUCCUUUGUUUCCCUUAAUACCCUUCAUGGCUCUCUUCUAAGAUCCAAAUUCCUAGGCCAAGAAAAUCUCACUCAUCUUUAUCCUCACAACAAUAAAGCUUCCAUCUUUCACAGCAAACCAGCCUACAAAACAGUACGGAUAUGUGCCGAAUUCGACCUGCUGCAAAUCAUGGGAGGCAGAGGACUCUGUAAAGGAGAAGAAGGACUUCAAAAAGAGCUCAAAAGAGAAAUUGGUUCCGAUGAUCAGAAUCAACCACCAUCAUCAGAAGCAGCUAGUAACAACUCAACACAGUCCUUUGAAAGUGUUGCAGAAGCUAGUAACAACUCAACACAGUCCUUUGAAAGUGUUGCAGAAGCUAGUAACUCAACACAGUCCUUUGAAAGUGUUGCAGAAGCUAGUAACAACUCAACACAGUCCUUUGAAAGUGUUGCAGAAGACGGUUUUGAGAAAGAGUUAAUGGGAUUAACCGGAGGGUUUCCUGGAGGUGAAAAAGGGUUGAGAAAAUUCAUUGAAGAAAACCCUGUUCCAAAACCUGAUGCAGAUGACAAAAGACUUAAACUUUCAUCGUCAGAAAAGGCGAAACCACCAGAACUUCCUAUGUUACUUCCAGGAAUGAUUGCUAUUGUGAAGAAUCAAAAUAAUCCAUUUUACAUGUACUGCGGCAUUGUUCAAAGAAUCACUGAUGGUAAAGCAGGAGUGCUGUUUGAAGGAGGGAAUUGGGAUAAGUUGAUCACUUUCAGGCUUGAUGAACUAGAGAGAAGAGAAAAAGGUCCUCCUAUGAAGAAUCCUAAGUCUUGUGUUCUUGAACCAUUUCUUGUAAAGAAAACAUAG